GGGGAUGGUAACAAACGGUUUUCUCGGCGAUGUAGCCUUGUCUACUGACGCCAAGCAAGCUGCAUCGAUUCUCUCAACCAUGGAUGGUGCCCCAAGUGUCAAAGAACCAACGUUCCACUUGGCGAUGCUUUUUCGGAGGAAGAAAAUGCUGAAGAUCCAAACCAACAGUCGCCUUCUCAUGGCGGGACUCCCAAAAUGUUUGUUUCAGCUUCAACCACCUGCGCAGAUGCGAGUACAUCUUUCUCUGCUAUUGCUAUGGCAAGCAGGGACAAGAAUUGUGUUUUAGAAUAUUUUAGAGCAGGUGAAGGAUUGCUUACCGACUCCAAGGAACCUCUUCAUUUGCAGCUUUUGUGGCGUCUCAUGGUGCCCAUCCCACUUGGCGAUGCUUUUUCGGAGAAAGAAAAUACCGAGGAUGCAGCCCAAAAGUGCCCUACUCACAACUCGACUGAAGCUGACACCGCGGUGGCAGCUGUCAGUGAGGGUGUCAAGUUCGAAGAUGUUGAAGAUCUAUUGCAGAGUGAAGUCAUCUGCAGCUGAGACCGCGGUAGCAGCUGUCAGUGGCAGGUAAAGGAUGUUGAAACAUGUUUAAGAUCCGUUAAGGCGAGACUUUCCGGUCCGUUUCCUCGUCGAUUAUAGUGAAGGCGACUGCAGCUGUUCAUUAGCUGAUCCCUGACCCCAAGAGUGGCAGCUGCAGCUGUCAGUGAUUCAUUCUCCGGACCUCCCUCCAUAAUCUCCAUAGGCCUGAACAAGGUACCUUUGACGUUUGAUGCUUGAGCGGAAAAAA